AUGCAUCAUUUUCUUGAAGAUGCUGUACUACUUGGAGCAUUAGGAUUUGGUGCAUAUGAAUUAUAUCACUUAUAUCAGUACGGUAAUUUUGGCAUUGGAAAUCCUUAUCACCAUCCUAUGGGAUAUGGUGGAUUUGGUGGAUAUGGUACAUAUGGUACACCAUAUGGCUACAGUGGUUUCGGUUAUGGCCAUCCCUAUGGACAUCAUCAUCAUCAUCAUUAUGCUUUCUAG